UCCUUUCUCUGUUGCAGCAAAAUUAUCUCAUGAGAUUCGGUUACUUACCUCAGACCGACUUCGAGACAGGAAAUCUGAGGACGGAGGAUCAGCUCAGGGAUGCUAUAAAAAAUCUGCAGAAAUUCGGCGGUAUUCCUGUGACGGGGGAGAUCGACGAGGCGACGAAAAAGUUAAUGAAGUCCAGGAGAUGCGGAUUACCGGAUCAGCCCGACAUCAGAUUCGCCAAGACGAGGCAUAAGCGUUUCACCAUCCACGGACAACAAUGGCCGUAUCGAAAUCUCACCUGGAGCCUGAGAUCCCGCAAGCCUAGCGGCCUGGAUACGGGCGGGGUUCGACUGGAGUUGAGUAAGGCCCUCGAUCUCUGGGCCAGGAAUUCGAAGCUCACCUUCCAGGAGAUUAAUAGCGAUCGCGCCGACAUUCUGGUCUAUUUCCACCGGGGUUAUCACGGGGACGGAUACCCGUUCGAUGGCAAAGGUCAAAUCCUGGCGCACGCGUUCUUCCCGGGCAAGGAUCGCGGCGGAGAUGCUCACUUCGACGAGGAGGAAAUAUGGUUGCUGCAGGACGAGAGCCACGAGGAGGGCACCAGCCUGUUCGCAGUGGCCGCUCAUGAAUUCGGCCAUUCCCUGGGAUUGGCGCACAGCUCGGUCCAAGGUGCUCUCAUGUAUCCCUGGUAUCAGGGACUGAGCGCCAACUAUGAGCUGCCGGAGGACGACCGCCAUGGGAUUCAGCAGAUGUACGGGGCUCCUGAAGGCAAACUGUGGGGCAAUAUACCAGGUGGCCCGCUGCCACCGGAGCAACCGCCACCGCCACCCCCGACGACGACAACGACGACGACGACGACGACGUACAGGCCUUGGAGAACGAGACCCCCCACCAGGCCCAAUCACUAUCCAGACGACGGCAGGCCACGACAACCGGGUCGUUAUCCCCAGAAACCCGACUAUCGGCCGCACAAACCCCAUCGGCAUCACACGACAUGGUCGACGACGACGACGACGACGACGACGACGACGACAAUGAGGUCGACGCCGAGAUUUAGACAUCGGUGGACACCGCCACAGCGGGACGACGUGCCCGACAAGUGCGACACGAGUUACGACGCCAUCAGCAUCAUCCGCAGAGAGGUCUUCGUCUUCAAAGGACGAUAUCUGUGGCGAAUAGGCGAUCAGGGCAUCUAUGAGGGAUAUCCGGCGGAGAUCACUAGGUUGUUCAAUCUGCCGUCGGACAUCGAUCACGUGGACGCCGUGUACGAGCGACCGGAUAAGAAAAUAGUCUUUUUCAUCGGUCGCGAAUACUACGUCUUCGAUGCGAACAAUCUGGAGCCGGGUUAUCCGAAACCGCUCACAUAUCUGGGAUUGCCAGCUUCCUUGGAGAAGAUCGAUGGUGCCAUGGUGUGGGGCCACAACGGCAGGACUUACUUCUUCAGCGGUCCCAUGUAUUGGAGGUUUGACGAAUCUGUUAAUUACGUGGAACUCGAUUAUCCCAGGGACAUGAGCAUGUUCGCCGGUGUUGGAAAUGACAUCGAUGCCGUUUUCCAAUGGAAAAAUGGCAAGACGUAUUUCUUUAAAGGCAAGGGUUUCUGGGAGUUUGACGACCUCAGAAUGAGAGUGGCACAUGAAAAACAGAAAUUAUCGGCGCCAGUCUGGAUGGGUUGUCCACCGCCAGACGUGGAGACCAACGAUAUCGAAACCAACCUACCUAAGAAGUCGAGAAUCGUCUCGGCUUCCGCCGCUGCCACCAUAGGAGAAAUCACGCCGAUAUUUGCCACGGUCGUUGCGAGCUUCGUCAUGAGGAUAAUAUACGUGUAAAAACGAGAUUAUAACGCACGUGUUCUUCCAGCUGACGAUGUGCGACGGGGAGCACAUUUUGUACCUCACACGGGAAUUUCGCGUGCGAAAUACGAAUACCAGAGAGUCACACGAAUUUUUAAAGCGCGGACGUCGAUAGAUCGGCGAGCACAGGGGACGGAAGCUUGUUCGUGUAUCGAUUGGAGUUUCAAAGGAACGCCUGCGGCACUUCGCAUUCACGGGAUCGAAUUCUACGGAAUCGCCGAGCCUUCCGAGAGGUCGCGAUUGCAGUCCGAAUGAAGCUCCAAGAAUGAUAUCGAACUAAGUCGCGAAGCCAUGUCUUCAAAGAUGUAUUAUGUGAAAUGGCAACGACGAAUUAUAAAAUUUUGAAAUAUGAUAUUACGAGGGGAAACCUUGCGUCGUAUACGUUUUAUUACUCAGUUUUUAUCUCGGCGAUAAAAUUGUAUUUAAUCUUGCGAAGAGCGUGUGACUUUAGCUCCAUAUCAUCAAUCCUGGAAAGACCGCAGCCGUUGCGCUGCGCAGGGGCAUAUUUUUGUACACUGUCUUUUUACACGGCCACAUUUAUAUACGAAAUAAUUCCUAAGACGUAACUUUUUUAUAUCGCACGACGGACGAACGUCGGGUCCUCGAAGAUGCGAAGUGAGAAACGAGAUUCUCCUUGAGGGCAUCUCACUUACAAUCUCGCGAUAAUAUUUUACGAACUGUCACUGCCGAAAAUCCAUCCAACUUUUUUCGAUAUACGUUUUGCAGGAAUUUUUAAGUCGAGACGGGGGUCCUCAGUCAUAUAUAUAUAUAUAUCCCUCCCGAGGACCAAUACGCGCCACCAAGAAAUCCCGUGAUCGUCCUUUCCGUAAAUCGCGACGCGAUUAUCAGUUGGAAUCGAAUUUCAAAACAAUGAAAUAGCCGAUUCCGACAGAACACAUAUUUUAUAUAAAUAUUGUAUUAAUUGAUACCGUAUAAUUUAGCAAAAGAGGACACGGGCAAAACGCAGUGUCGCCAGUUUUGUAAACUGUGAUAUUUAUAUACCGCGCGCGAUCAAGUAGUUAGUGUAAUAUCAAGGAAGUAGCACAGAAUCAAUCUCGCAGAUUUAUAUACAGCGCCGGUGUAUCUGAGAUGCUUACAUGAACUUUGCGAGCGUACUUCCCGAUUUGUUUCAAGCCGAUUUCUUCUCUUAGCAAAAGACACCGAUGGUUUCUAUGCGAACGGAAGCCUCAAGAGCGGAAAUAAAUAACGAAAUCUCAUUUCGCAUUUAAUCUUGAAUAGACUUCAGCUCAUAAUUUCAUAUAAAUUGAAGUGUGAGUAACCAAGAAUUUAAGUAAGAACAAAACUUGAAAGAGGAAAGAGUAAAUUUUUUUUUUGCGAAGGAGGAAUUGACUGCAGUUUUAAUAUCGCGAUACGCCUCUGCGAAGUUUAUAGUAUUUAUAUUUCCAACGUACACCCCUGUAUAUAUAAAUAUAUAAACAUGUUUUAUAAUUAUAUAAUAGUAUACCACAAGUCGCGCUUAUUGCAGAAUGUACUAUAUGUUCGUGAAGUGCGCAGCA